UAUGUCAACCCCAAUCCCCUAUCAGAUCUGAAUCUAACCCUAACCCUAAUUAUCCUCCAACUAACACACAUGGAAACCAAAAACCCACUUCAUACACCCCUUCAAAACCCUAAACCUAUAGAAAGAAGUUUAGAGAUCAACUCAUCUGAACCUGUUUGAAACCCUAGAUUACCUUCAACACACCUGUCAAGCUACCACUUUAUAUACAAGAAACUCCUGUCAAGCUACCACUUUUUAUACACACGAAACUGUAGUCGCAAAUACCCAGUUUUCUAGUACCGAAAAACUGAUAGAGAUGGAUCCGGCCUCAGCUCACUCUCUCCCACCUCCAUUUCAUACACGAAACUUCAACUUGCACCAGUUUCAACAACCGAAUUCCGAAGACGAACAUAGCGGCACAAGUGGUCUCAACAUGGGCGGUCAUAAACGCGAGCGCGAAGAAAAGAGCAACGACGAGAUGAUGAACAAUAGCGGCGGUGGUGGCAGCAGUGAAGGAAAAGAAGGAGAUAUGGGAAGAAGACCCCGCGGACGUCCAUCCGGAUCCAAAAACAAACCCAAACCUCCGAUUAUAAUCACUCGAGACAGCGCAAACGCACUUCGAACACAUGUCAUGGAGGUAUCCGACGGCUGUGAUGUGAUGGACAGCAUCAGCACCUUCGCACGCCGCCGUCAACGUGGCGUUUGCAUCAUAAGCGGGACCGGGACAGUCACAAACGUCACCCUACGACAACCGGCAUCUCCAGGAUCGGUUCUGACAUUACACGGGAGGUUUGAGAUCUUGUCUUUGUCAGGAUCUUUCCUCCCGCCCCCGGCCCCGCCUGCUGCCACCGGCUUGACCAUUUACUUAGCUGGUGGUCAAGGCCAGGUAGUAGGUGGGAGUGUGGUGGGAGCGCUCCUAGCGGCGGGGCCGGUUGUCAUCAUGGCAGCGUCAUUUAGCAACGCUGCCUAUGAACGACUCCCUCUUGAGGAUGAAGAAAGUACUUUGCCUGUUCCCGGAGGCUCGCUUGGAUCUCCGGGAGCCAUCACACCACAACCAUCACAACAACAACAAUUGAUGUCUGAUCCAUCGCUAUUUCAAGGCAUGCCACCAAAUCUACUCAACUCAAUUCAGUUACCAAACGAUGGUUAUUGGAGUAACAAUGGUAGCAGUCGCCCGUCGUUUUAAAAUUCUUAAUCUUGAGCCGGGAGUCUCACUGAGAGAGCAGUCUCUCUGUCUCCUCGAUAAAGAAAGGUUUGUCUUUAUCUCACCAUCGCUGACUUACUAUUUUACUGGGUACGUUUGGUUUGUUUGUUUCUUAUCGAUUUAUGUCAACUCUUUUGCUUCUUAAUAUCAUCAUGUUUAUGGUUUCUUGAUUUGUGUUUGAUGUUAAGAUGACAAUAUGACAUACAUAUGCUUAAUUGUAUUGAUUUGUAAUGUAAGAACUUCUGGAAAUCUUAAUCCAUGUUGACAUUUUUGUUUA